AUGUUCUAUGCUAGCUUGAAGCGUGGUCCUGGGUCGAGUCCCUCCUUUUUCACAACUGUGGUGUACAACCAUGAAAUCAAGGUCACAACAUCUCUCUUGGCAGAGACUCUUGACCUUCCUUCUGUCGGAUCGUCUCCUGCCACAAAUGAUGACUUUGCAGCCAUCGGAUUUGACUUUGGCUCGACUAUGGAGUCCCUCGCCCAUGAUAAUGGGAAAUACUAUCCUUCCAUGCUCUCUGCAGGACGUCUGGCAGAUCAAUUCAAAGUGCUCCAUUUCUUUAUCACCAGGAUUCUCCUACCUCGUAGUGGUCUUUCUGUUGAUCUUGUCCAUCCUGCUGAUGCAUAG